AUGAAGAUAAAUACGUAUGAGAACAACAUCGUCAACAAUACCUAUUCCAAAUUCGAAAAGAACUUCUUCAAAAGACAAUCUGAAAGGUCUGAGUGUGAAAAGGAAUUUAACAUGGAUCUUCAUCAGGAAGUUAUGGAUGGAAUGAAUCUUGUUCAAGAAAAUGCUGAAGCUGCCACUGAAAAAGAGAAAAACCUUAUUGCCCUUGAUGCUGAUAAUGUUAAAAAGGGGGAAGGAAGCUCAAGAGGAGGUGGAAGCAGUAGCUUAAGAGGAGGAGGUUACAGACCAACCAAAAGAGGUGGAGGUCGCGGUGGUGACCGAGGUGGAAGAAGUGGUGGAAGAGGUGGUAGUGCUCCCAGUGGUGGCCGUGCUCUCCAUCAAUUUCACAACCUACUGUCUAGUGAAGAGUUUUCUUAUCCAAACGUGAAAAGGGAAGAACAAUAA